CCUUAUCAGUCCAGUGCAGGCAGCUCCUGGCUGCUUAUCUUCCAACUGCAGAACAUCCCCCGUCCAAAGAGGGCAGGAAAUCUCCCUCCUGCAGGGAGGGGAGGCAGAAAGGGAGGGAGGGGGCUUGGCCCAGGCUCCUUCUUCAAAGCAGCUCCUUCCAGUGGCUACGCAGUGCCUGUCAAUGAGGGAAAGAGAGAGAGAGAGAGGUGGCCUCAGGGGGAUUGGAGGUGGCAGGAAAAGCUUGGAGCCUAAUUGAUUUGAUGUCCCCAACCCCACCGCUAAUAACAAUAAUAACCAUAUACGCAAGCUCUGACUCAGGGAAGCAGUGCAGAAGAGAGGAAGCAGACACGAAUCAUGGCCCCCGAGCAUGGUAGCCGGCAGGAGCCAUGUGGUCGGCUUUGGGGGUGAGCUGCCCGGCGGUGCCAGCCAGCCGCGUCCAUUCCAGGCACUAGGAUCAGACUACGGCCCUCCUGGUGUGUCUUCAGGUAGACUGCACUGAUUCUGGUUCUCCAUGCCUCCGCAGCUUGCCACCCGGGCCUUCUCCUUGCCGCCCGCCAUGAGGUGACAGCUCUUCCUUCGAAAUUCCUCAGCAGUUGGACAGGACUGUACUGCCUGCAUCCCCAUCUCAAGAAAAUGACCCUCCUUGACCUUUGGAGAUGGAAAGGUGCCUUUGGAUGGGUGAAGUCUGACAGAUGAGAACCAGAGCAAAAAUGAUGGAGAAACUGAAGAUCACCCCACUUCCUGUUGUCCCUGAGCCCCAAGAGCCUCCUCCACCUUCGUCUCCAGAACCUCUUCACUCCCCAGGAAGCGGGGAAGAGGAGUUAGAGGUCACCCCACCCCUCACUUCUAGCCCCACCUCAUCCUCCCCUCAAGCCAAAGGGAGUCCUCCCCCUGAAAUGUCCCCAACGUCUUUGCCCCACAACGUUCCAGUCAUCAGUCUAGGCUACAGCAAGCCUCCCAACCAUGCUGAGGUGCCCACCACCCAGCUCACUGCACUGCACCCCAUCCCCAGCUUCCUGCAGCUCUCGGCCAUGCCGCCAGGGGCCCCUCCGCCACCCCUGCCUCUCGCUGGAGUAAGAAGCCCCCUCUUGACCCCACAGUAUCAACCCCAUCCCUUCCUCAACAGCAUCUACAUCAGCAGCUCUGGACCGUUCGGCCUCUUUCCCAACAACCGUCUCAAGCGCAGGCCAAGCCACUUUGAACAGGACAUUACGGAGGGUCAUCAGCCUCAGAAGGUGGCACGCCGGGUCUUCACCAACAGCCGGGAGCGGUGGCGGCAGCAGAAUGUGAACGGAGCCUUUUCUGAGCUUCGGAAACUCAUCCCAACUCACCCCCCUGAUAAAAAACUGAGCAAGAAUGAGAUUCUCCGCCUGGCCAUGAAGUACAUCAACUUUUUAGUUAAGCUGCUGAACGACCAAGCCCGACUGGCCGGGGGAGGGGAGCCCCCUGAUGCAGAGACCCCCUGCAAUGAGACCCCAAGGACUCCCUCACCACCCGCACCCAUAAAGCUGGAGCAGGUGACUGUAGAGCCUGUGACUGUGCUGGAGGCAGGGGAGCCUCGGUGAUGAAGAGGAGUCUGCUCAACCAUGUGACUGUGCCCUUCCUCCCCUGCUUGCCUCCCUCUCCUUCUUCCCCAACACCCAAAGAGCCCCACACAUGGAGACUGAACCAGCAUCAAGGGGCUGGAGGAAUGUUCCUUCCCC